GAAGAAACUCAGUCAGCACUGAAUUCCCAGUUCUGCGACGGUUGAGCCAUGUGAAGGCUUCUUGGGUGAUGGAAUUGCACUUUGAGGAACCUGGACCGAGUUCCAGCAAGUGAGGAGCUUCCCAGUCUGGGAGUCUUCCCCAAGCUCAUAGUAAGGACAUCCCAAGCUGCUGGCAGAACACAUCUCUCCCAGAGCACUGCACACCCAGCACUGAGCACAUCUGUUCUUCGAGCCGAAAAUGAUGCGCAAUGAGAAGGGCUUGCUCCUGGCUGCUUUGAUGGCAGUGCUGCUGCUCCACCUCUGCAGCAAGUCUGAAGCAGCGAGUAAUUUUGACUGCUGCCUUCGAUACACAGAACGCGUCCUUCGUCCCGGGCGCCUCGUGGGCUUCAUCCAGCAGCUCGCCAGUGAAGCUUGCGACAUCAAUGCUGUCAUAUUUUACACUGAGGACAAGCUAGCUGUGUGUGCCAAUCCAAAGCAGCCCUGGGUGAAAAGAGCAGUCCGCUUCAUCAGCCAAAAAGUCAAGAGGAUGUAAAAACAGAAGCUCUUCUGGAAUAAAAUUGGACAGAGCCCAAGGUCAGAAAGAACCUCGAUGGCACGUCAUUGAGCAUUCAGCACUCCUUGAUUUGUGCCUCAUUGGACUUGUCCAGUUAAUGAAGUUGAUUCAUAUUGCAUCAUAGUUGCUUUGUUUAAGCAUCAUGUUGGAGUCAAACUCUAUUUUAUGUUAAGUUAUUUAUAGUUGUAGGAUUUCUAUAUUUAGCUAUUUAAUACUAAUUUUCCAUAAGCUAUUUGGUUUAGUGCAAAGUAUAAAAUUACUGUGGGAGGGAUAGAUUCUAUGAGCUUUAUGAGCGUUUUACAAGCAACAAGCUAUUUUUAAACUAUUUAACGUUCUUCUGUUUGUAUAAUUAUUUAUAGUUGUAGGAUUUCUGUAUUUAGCUAUUUAAUACUAAUUUUCUAUAAGCUAUUUGGUUUAGUGCAAAGUAUAAAAUUAUUAUUGGGGAGAUAGAUUCUAUGAGCUUUUUGUAAGCAACAUGCUAUUUUUAAACUAUUUAACAUUCUUCUAUUUGUAUAGUUUUGUUUCUGAAAUUGUCUUA